GAAUGACCAAAUGGGUGUCAGGAACAGUCUUGUUAAGAUGGAUCUUUAUUGGAUUCUAACAUGCUAAUGGGCAUGCAGAAUGGACCAUCAAGAAGAAAAGAAUUUCACCCUGCCUUUCCUUCGUCAUCGUCAUCAUCCUUAUCAUCUUCAUCAUCUGAAGCCUCAGGACCAACAGGUCUUCCACUGGGAAAAGCAAUGGCUCUUCUAAUUGGUCCACAACCCCAAGCUUCUGACCUGGGUCUACUGCCCUCCCAAAACUCAGGACCCCAAGACACCUCUUUAUCUACUCCUGCCCCCCUAGACCCACACUCUGCCCCCUUUCCUUCAGGUCACUUGUUUCCUCUGAGAUUAGUUACCCCAUCGGUCCAUUCAGGUGCUUCUAUUGGAGAACAAGUAAGCACCUUUAUUAAGCACAGAGGUUCUAGAGCAGGUGAGACUUCCUCAAUGCCUAUAAAAUGGUUCUCUGGGCCCCCAACAGUAAAAGGCUUGGUUCCACAUGGCUUGCCUCAUAAUAAUGUUGCCCAAGGCAUUCCUCUGUUCUUAACCCCCCCAGUGAUAGUAACUCCAAGUUUCAUACCAUUCAAUAUACUUCAUGUCAGUUCAGCCCCUGGAGAGCGUACCUUAGUUUCACCUGAGCACUUCUACCCAUCUAAGACUGUAGAGGCUGACUGGGGAUCAGGGGACUACUUGGAGACUUUGACUCUCAUGGGGUCAGAAGAUGAAUUCCGUCUGGCUACCAGCCUGCCCUUUGGCACGCAUGACAUUGAUGCACCUAGUGCUGAGGUUUAUGACACCUUGUUCCCUUCCCGGGUGGUGCUGCCACUGUCUUCACUCCGCAUUUCUAGUUCGCAUACAGCCACGGUGGCCUAUGGUGCCAAUUUGCACAGUGCAGAUCAAUUGUCAGUCCAACUCUCUCAUAGUCACCCAACACACAAACUGCCAAACACAUCCCUAAACAAUGAGGUCAAACUAUCUCAUGACUUAGAUUGGACUGAUACCUACUCUAUUGAACCAACUGAGAUUCUGUUACCUGACAUGAACAGCCUGGAGUAUUACACCAAUCUUCUGACAAGAGGGAAUGGCAGCUUGGCUGAACAGAGGAGGAACUUGACAUUCUCGGUUCAUUACGUUUCCAUUGAGGCCAGUCACAUUGCCCCUACCAGCUCUGUUGCUAUGGACAUGGACUACAAGUCAUCAUCCCCAGACAAAAGCUCUUUUACAGAGGGGUCCUCCACAGAUGUGCUGGGGGCAGAAAUGCUCAGUUCUACAGACAGAUCAAAAAACGGAGCAGUGAAUGGCCCAGAGCAUUUGCUAGAGCCUUCGGCUGUGCCGGCCCCAUACUUGUCUCUCUCUACCCUUCUUAGGAAUGGUCUGGAAUCCAAUGCUGUACAAAUGAAUUCAAAUCUGCCCUCACUGGAUACUGCCACUGUCAGUUCCCAUAUAAGCACUGUCCAGCUCACUGUCAAAAUGAAGCAGAAUGAUUCCCCGAUUUUCCCCAGCUCAGCUGCAGUCUUCACCCCUACAGCUGGUAUUGCACCAACGCCCAUGCUGACUGAUUUACCAAAGGUGACGGCAUCUGCAACUGGACAGACUCCUAAUACCAGGUCCAACCCCACUGCCAUGGCUGAACAGACCCUUGUUCUAGCGGGUAUCGCAUCAGAGUUCCCAGCAGUGACUGCUGAUGAGUGGCUACCCACAGCCAGUACGGCCAUGGCAUCGACUAUGUCCAUGAAAACAACCCCAAAUAAGCCCUAUACCCCCACCACCUCACUGACUACUACUACUUCCCCAUUGGUUACAACCACCAGAGCAGUCAUCUCCACAACACCUCGACAGUACCUGUGCAACAUCUCCAAGGCGGACUCCUACCUGAUCAGAGUCGGUUUUCCUGUGGAGUCCACCACUGGGUAUGCCAAAUCACACCUCCGGGAGAUCUUGAAGAGAGAAUUCAACCGUUCUGUGGAGCUGCAUGUGCUGAAAGCCCCACCCAACUUCGUGUUCCGCGUUGUCUCGGGAUCUGUGCUGUACACGGCAGCAGCAGUCAUCAAUGCCCUGCGGCAGUCACAGCAUGACUCCCCCGUUGCCCUCACCGCCUCGACCGUUUACCCCAUGCCUAGUAACCAGUACCAGGUUCACUCGGUGCUGCAGUUCGUGCCCCCCCACGUGGACGUACGCGUCUGCAGCUUCACUGAGCAUGUCGAGAAGGGUCUCACCAUGGCCUACUCUGAGGUGCGGCGCCGCAUGCAUAACCCUGCCAACUUCAUCAUACAGAUCAUCAACAUCACCAUGGGUGCCACCAAAACCCUGCGCCAGCAGAGAGCGCCAGUAGACAUCACCUUUGCUGUGCGUGACUUCAGUGGCUACCUGGAGGGGUCAUUAGUCAGCAGCCACCUGCGGCUCCUCACCAUGGUGGAGUUCAGCUUCUAUGUGGGCUUCCCAGUACUGCAAAUUGCUGAACCAUUUCACUACCCAGAACUGAAUGUCAGCCAGGUGCUGCGAUCAUCCUGGGUUAAGACAGUGCUGCUGGGCGUGCUGGAUCAGCGGGUGGGCGAGCGUACUUUCCAGGCCCGGAUGGAGAGGAGGUUGGCUCUGCUGCUGGGGGAGGUGCUGGGGGCCUCGCGCCGUUGGAAGAGGGCCACUAGUGUCGGGAAUAACAGCGUGCAGAUUGUGAAGACUUCCAGGCUGGAGGGCUCAGACUACCCCCUGGAGAUGGUGUAUUUUGUGGAGGGUCCUACUGGGGAGAGGCUGCCAGCUGUGGCCACUUCCAGUCUAUUGAACCGGGUGGAUGUCCAGAGGGCCGCCAUCGUCCUGGGCUACCGGGUGCAGGGGACGCUAGCACAGCCGGUGGAGAAGCUGACUGUCCCACCCUCAGAGACGCACACCAACAACACAUGGAUCAUCGUGGGUGUGGUGGCCCCCGUGGUGCUGGCUGUGGGCAUCGUGGCCAUCCUCUACUGGAAGCUGUGCCGCUCUGACAAGCUGGAGUUCCAGCCUGACGCCAUGAGCACCAUCCAGCAGAGGCAGAAGAUGAAGGAGCUUCAGCCUCCAACUGUUAAAGGCUUUGACUUCGCCAAGCUGCACUUGGGUCAGCACAACAAGGAUGACAUCACGGUGAUUCAGGAGCCCCCCCCCCCACCCCUGCCUGUCAAGGAGAUGACUCCCUCGGAGAACGCAGAUGUGCUUACCCCCAAGUCAAAGGCCUCCUCUACCAAGCAGACAGGGGCUACCCGCCACAAGGGCAGGAUCUCCCCAUCAGAUGCUGACUCUAUGGGCAGCAAUCCAUCCAGUGGAAGGGAGUCAGCCGAAGAGAACGCCCGCAUCCAUGAAACUCCCAGUGAGGGGAAGCAGCUGCGGAAGCCCCCCAAAAAUGGACCCUCAGCAGGCAACGGGGCCAAUGAUCAGCAAUCCUCAGCCUCCAUCUUUGAGCACGUGGACCGUGCGUCUCGCCCUUCAGAAUGCACCCGGCGGGUAGCCAACAAGAUUCAGCUGAUCGCCAUGCAACCUAUGCCUGCACCAGCUCCCAACAGCCCCCCUGUCAUUGAGAGGGUGCUGGAGAGCACUAGUAUCAAUAGGGAGAUUAGGGUAGCCCUGAGGCAGAAGUCUGAGAUUGAGCAGUACCGCAACAAGAUCCGCCUUCGGGCCAAGAGGAAGGGACACUACGACUUUCCCACCAUGGAUGACCUCAUGGAUGGGUUCGAGCCGAAAGAUGUCUACCAGAAGGCACAGCUGCAGUUCGACAGGAUCCUGGACCCAGAUGUUCAUGUGCCUUCCGUUUACAUGGAGCCCAGGAAGAGCAAGGGGAGGCGGUCCCCCAAAGAGAGGAAGAGGUCCCCAAUGAACGGCAGCCUGGUGGAUACCGACAGUGACAGACUUAUCCCCAUGGACAACGACACCAUGUACAGGAAGUUUCCAGGGGUUAACAACAUCGCCUAUGUGUCAGACCCCGACCAAGCACUUGAGCCCCGGAGCCCCUCCCCCAGCGACGAUGUGUUUGCCACAGCCCCUCCCCCCUACGUACCUCCGCAGCCUUCCAUCGAGGAGGCCAGGCAGCAGAUGCACUCCCUGCUGGAUGACGCCUUUGCGCUGGUGUCUCCCAGCUCAGAGGCUAGCGUGGCCAAUGCCAGCCCCCCACCCAGGACCCCCCAUGGCCAGUGGGCGCCACCUCACCCGACAGCCCUGCCUCUGAGCCCCGUCUCUGCGAGAUAUGCAGAAUCUGGAAUGUCCCCCCCUACUGUCCAGGGUGUGCUGCAGAGGCAGGACCUGGGCUCCAGCUACCUGCCCCCAAGUGACACUGUCCAUGAUGACCCACUACCUCCGCUGGCCCUGUACUCAGGCAGGGGUCUAUAUGCCGAAGAACUGCCUUCAUCUGCCAGACCCCGGCCUGUUGGAGGCACCACAGGUACCCAGCUUCACCACCUGACACAGGUAGGCCUGUCAAGCCAGAUCAGCGCGUACCCUGGGACAGACCAAACCUCCUCCAGCCAAACGGGAGUGUCCAGCUGGGGACACUAUCAUCCAGAGGAUGACUAUCUAAGACCAGAUUUUUCCCAGAACCAGGUCCCGGUCUUCCCAGAGUACACCUCCUCUUGGGUUCUUCAGAUGCCAAGAACCUCACUGAGGGAGCCCUCUGCACCACCAGCCCCCCUGGACCCCACCAGACCAGGAUACCCAGCAGUGCCCCCCGAGGAGACUUCCCCAUCCAGCCACUCCUCUGCCUCUCUUAUCAAGGCCAUCCGAGAGGAGCUGGUGCGGCUGUCCCAGAAACAGUCUGCAGUACCGAGUUACCAUAAGUGAAAUGACCCCAUGGUCUUUCCCAGAAUCAGCCUGUAGUACCUGCCUAUCACAACUGAAAUUCCCCCAAGGUCUCCCUCAGAAUCGUUUUGCAGUACCCGGUUACCACAGCUGAAAUAACCCCAUGGUCUCUUCUAGAAUCAACCUGCAGUACCCACUUACCACAACUGAAAUGACUCCAUGGUCUGUCCCAGAAUCAGCCUGAAAUACCCAGCUACCACAACUGAAAUGACCACAUGGUCUCUCCUAGAGACAAUCUGCAAUACCUGUCUACCACAGCCGAAAUGACCCCAUGAUCUUUCCUAGAAAAUCUGCUCCUUCCAGUCACUUCAGUGGGGAGUUCUCAUGCUUUUUUCCUGUACUGCCUUGUGAUAGGUUUGUAUCUAGUGCUGGUCAGUAUGCCAGUUUACCCAAGAACACAUCAUGUCCAAUCUAGAAAUCGUAGCUUUUGCCACUUUUCAAAAUGUUAUUUUCUGGCCCCAUACAUGUGAUCUAGUUGGACUUCAGACCACUCCCUACUGGGAAGACUGUGAACUGCUGAAUGAAAUUAUGGCACUGUUUGAGCCAGUUUUCACUUGAAUGACAAUGAGAGAUGGUCACCAUAGAAUCUUCAUCACAGAUCUCUUAAUUUUGGCUUUUGGGCGAUAAACCUAUACAACCUAUUUUUCUGUUCCAGGUUAAAGGCAGAUUCUUUCACAACAUCAUAAUUACACUGAAUAUCUUAACAGUAAAGAUUUCCCUUAAUGGUGUGACAGUAUUACCAUACACAGUUUCAGCAGGAGUUGUCCCUGUUCAAAGUGCUUCCAAGAACAGAAACAGCACCCCAAACAUUUGGUGCUAAAUUUUUCAAUUUGUGAGGUCAUGCAAGAAUAGACAUAGGACUGGAAAGGAUGUCACAUGACUGGACAUGGUGAUUUUUGACUUUUGACUGCAGUCACAGGGUGUGAUAUGGUGACUUGUAACUGAGGUUAUGAUGGACUCCACAGGAUGUGGCCAAGGCAUGAGAUCCACGGAGCAUUAAACACUGUUGGGUGUGCAUAUCUUCCAUACGGCCUGAUCCAGCAGUGUUCAGCCACGGUACUGUUCUGAGGUUGUCAUGGGAUAAUGGUCUAAAUGCUGCAUUUAACAGGUACAACCUAAAGAUAUCUUAAUAAAUGUCACAAGUUUGUUCAUGAUAACAUGAAAUGUGUUGCAUUUAAAUGAAUUAGUACUCUUUCAGCAGCAAUUCAAAUUGCUAAACAACUUAGUGGUAUCCAUCAGUCAUUUGAUUACUUAGUUGUGCCAGGACCAAAGCACCCAGCCUACAAUCAGUUACAGAGGGCUUUUUCCUUAGUAGCUCUUGUUCUCAUUCGAGGGUUAAAUCGGGUCACAGACUCUGAAAGCAGCUUGACCGUGUUUUAUUCUGCAGUUUCCCUUUCUCUGAACUGUUUUUAAGACUCAAUAUUGCAUUCUUUUGCAGCUCGGGAAAGCUUCUGGUUGGAGGGUCACAUAUGGCCUUUUACUAUAUCAUUUUCAUUUUAUGGUGUGAAAUGAAUUUCCUUCCAGCAUAAACAAUGUAUUUUGACAUUGCGUCUGCCAGUACACUCACUGUGUGCAGUAUUCACCCAUCUGCUCCACUGUGUCUGUCUGUUACUGUUUAUUGUUUUUUAUUUGUUUGUUUAUAUGUGUGCUUGUCAAAAUAAACACAAGUAUACUACUCUACUAAUUAAUGAUCAUUGCACUGAUUUAUAAUGGUUACCUACUUAUUCAGGGUACUAGUAUUAAGCAAUCAGUAAUUGUAAAUCAUUCUUGAAGAGAGCACAUUAAUCAAUAAAAAAGAUUUGAUGAGAUGGGAGAUAUGUCUGCUUGCAAUUGAAAUGUGAUAAACUGCUGAGACAUUACAUGGAGCUGAAAGUAGAAGCCCAUCUGAAAGAUAACUGUAAAUCCUUGUACCAGGAUCAUUAAGCUUCCUGGCAUUAGCUGGGGUCGCGAGGGGGGGGGGGUCAUGUCUCCUAAGCACAAGGUGAAUUUAACAUCAUCCACCAAUGUAUAAACACAGGGUGGCAUUUUUCAUUCAUAAUGCUACAUAGAAACAGCCUUCUGGUGCCAAUACACAAGAGUAUAUUUAUUGUUCAGUUUUGAAUCGAACAAAGGACCAAAAUGCUGUUCAUUCAGUCCAGCUGAUGGUAGUGGCUUAUUGCUGGCUUUCUUACACCUGGACAUCAAUAUUAUUCUAGCUGUUCGCUCAGGUUUAUUUUGUGGUGUUACUACAAAGCCGCUAUCUGACCUCUUUUUCACAGAGAAUGAGCUGCAGCACAUAUUUUACAUCAUAAGGAAUAAAUGGCAUUGCUUCUAAUUGCAUAUGACACCUGUCUUUCAGCUGGAUGGGAACACUGAGCUUUAGAGAGCUGGUGCAUGUAGAUGGCAGUGUAAACCCUGUGAGGGCCUGGUGUUCACUGGUCCCCUGACAAGCAUACAUUCUUGAAGCACACCUGUUAUGCAACUUGGAAAACUGUGAUUGGAAACGUAACCACAGUGUAACCUGGGACACCAGGACAUUCCACCAAGGUGUUAAUUAUCAUGUGUAUGGUUCCAUAACCAGUCAUGUGCCUUAUGGUUUGAUCUACACUAAUGAACAUUGUCCCUGGACAGCAAUUAAAGGCCCACUUACGUGGUAAUAAGAGCCAUGAGGUCAGUUCAGUAAUUAGCUGACAUCUUACAGAGAAGGGAUUUUUCUUUGCAGUGUUCGUUUUCUUCUUGUCUUUUUGUUAUUACAAUUUUUAUGUAUUUUUUUCUUUUUUUGGGGGGGGGGGGUUCAGAAGGUUGGCAGGCCCAACUGAAAGAUUAGAAAAUCGCAUGUUAAUUAAACACUAUGUUUCAGCUAUUUAGAGUGUGAGUGUUUUGCAUGUUAGUAAUACUUGUUUUAGGACAUUAAAAGACAUAAAAAUUCAAGGUUAACAGUAUUAGAUUUCAAGUCCAACUCCUGUAGUCCUGUGUCUUGUGAGGGAAAUAUUACAUGACUCAUAAAUUAGAAUGAACAGCAUUCAGGCCUGCCUUGGACCCUUCAGUUUUUUGGUAAAGCUCUUGGUUGUGUUGUGGUCCACUCUCCAUUAAAAUGUUAGUAAACUCUGCUACUGAAGAGGGAUUCCUGGUCUAGACCUAAUUCCAUGCUCCAGUUCAUCCCAGAGAUGUGCUGUCAGCUUGAGGUUGGCUCUGACCAUUCAACUGUGAUGUCCCCUUUUUUCAGUCACAUCCACAAUCAAGGUGAUGUCCCAUGACCAGAAAUAAACACUAACCUUAACAUACGUGAAGUGCUUUUUGUUUGUUUCCGGAUUGUUCUUUGUCUCCUGUUGAAGGUGUUCAGAUGCACUAUGGUACAUGAUGACAGCUUUCAAAAUGCUGGAUAACAAAAUAAUCACUUUAAAAUAAAACAAUUGUUAGAUCUAUUUUUUUUUUAUUAAAACUGUUUUAGGACCAUGAAAAAACUCCCGAAUGUCUGUUCAUCCAGCUGUAUUGUUAUUGUUGAUUCUGUUUUCUUAGUCUUUCAACCACUUUAGGAAUCGCAGCCCUGAACAAAUGUUUAGACCAGGUGUCCUCAGUGUCAAAAUGCAACAAUAAACUUUUACAUGUCACA